AUGGCAGAACGCAUUAACACCAUCGAGCUCAUGCAUGAGCGUCUCGAUAAAGUCGCACCUCCUCCAACCUCCUCCCGUCCCUCACCCCCAUGUUCCUUCCAACCCCGCCCUCAGCACAUUUUAUCUCCUCCCUUCCCUCCCCCCCCUUCUUUCCCUCAAGUAAUCCCCUCUAUCCCGCCGUUUCCCCCCUCCAUGCCCUCAUUCCCAUCCCUGCUUCCCCUCAUUUCACCAUUGCGUUCCGUGGCAGACGCGUGGGUGCAAGGCGCGUCAGGGUUGGCGAGCGCGGGUUUAGAGUGGGAAGUUCAUCUCGCACUCAACUGCGCUCACACGAACAGGGGCAUUCCUCCGAAUCCCUUCAAUCCCCUGCACCUAUCCCCCCUGGCCUCCUCUGUACCCCUGUCCUCCCCUCCCCCCUGUCCUCCCCUCUCCCCCCAAUCCUCCCCUCUCCCCCCUGUCCUCCCCUCUCCCCCCUGUCCUCCCCUCUCCCCCCAAUCCUCCCCUCUCCCCCCUGUCCUCCCCUCUCCCCCCUGUCCUCCCCUCUCCCCCGGUCCUCCUCUCUCCCCCCGUCCUCCUCUCUCCCCCCUGUCCUCCGCCCCCACGCAGUCCUCCUCUGUUCACGCUGUCCUCUCUCAUCCCGUCCUCCCCUCUGUACGCCCUUCCUCUCCUCCUCCAGCCCGUCAUCCCCUCGUUUCCCUUCUCCCGUUUCCCUCCACCCCAUAUCCAUUCCCCCCAUUUCCCGCCCCCGUUUCCCUUGCCACCGUUCCCCUCUCCCCCACUUCCCGUCCCCCCAAUCUCCCUUCUCUCCGUUUCCCUUCCCCCCGUUUCCCUUCCCCCCGUUUCCCUUCCCCCCGUUUCCCUUCCCCCCGUUUCCCCUCCCCCCGUUUCCCUCCCCCCCGUCGCCCUUCCCCCCGUUUCCCUCCCCCCCGUUUCCCCUCCCACGAUUUCCCCCCCCCCGCCCGUUUCCCUUCCCCCCGUUUCCCUUCCCCCCAUAUCCCUUCUUCCCGUUACCCUACCCCUCUCAUACCUUUCCCUCAUCUCCCUUCCCCCCGUUUCCCUUCCCCCCACUUCCCGUCCCCCUUUUUUUCCCGCCCCUCCUUUUUCCCGUCCCCCCUUUUCCCGUCCCCCCUCUUCCUGUCCUCCCUUUUCCCUCAACCCCGCUUCCCUUCCCCCCGCUUCCCUUCCCCCCGUUUACCUUCCCCCCGCUUCCCUCCCCCCCGUUUACCUUCCCCCCGUUUACCUUCCCCCCGUUUCCCUACCCCCCGUUGCCCUUUCCCACAUUUCCCUUCCCUCCAUUUCCCGUCCCCCCCUCUUCCUUCACCCCGUUUCCCUUCUCCCCAUUUCCCUUCCCCCGUCUCCCUCCCCCCCGUUUCCGUUCCCCCCUGUCAUCCUCUCUCCCCCCUGUCCUCCUUUCUCCCCCUGUCAUCCUCUCCUCCCCGUGUCUUCCUCCCACCUCCCCACUCCCCUCACUGUGCCGGGACCUCCCCAUCUCACCUCCCUGCCUCCCCAUGUCUCCCGGACCCCUCCCUUCAAUUACCUUCCC